AUGUGGAACAUCACGGUGUUUCUAUCGAAUGUUUGGAAGCUAAAUUUCACCCAUACCGCGACCAUUCAUUUUUGGAAUGGUGAAGCAAAACACAUACCUGCAAUAGGAAUUGGAUUUGGAAUCAUGAUAUCCAUUUUCUGCUGCAUUGUCGCCACGCUGGUGGAGCAAAGGAGGUUAAAUGUGGCCAAGGGACAUGGCCUAAUCGACGUCCCUCAUAGCACAAUCCCAAUGAGUAUUUUCUUGCUGAUUCCUCAGUUUCUCCUCCUAGGUGUUGCACAAGGGAUUGUCCUCAGUAACAUGACCCAUUUUUGGGUCGAUCAAGUACCUAAUUCAAUGCAGUCAUAUUUGAGCAAACUCACUGAAGCUUUCUUGGGAGUUGGAUUCAUAGCUAGUGUUCUAACUGUUAAUGUUGUGGGAAAGAUUAGCGACGAGAGAAGGGUUGAAAUCUGGGUCGGGGAGACACUAAAAAAAAGCCGACUAGAUAAGUACUAUUACACACUAGCAGCAAUGAGUUGUGCCAAUCUUUUUUUCUAUGCACUUGCUUUUUGGUUUAAUUACAAGGAGGUAAACAUUCCAAUAAAAGAACAAGAAGUGGUAGAUGAAGAAAGGUUUCAAUACCAUGACGAGUAA